AUGGCUUACAUACCUAUACUUCUUUUUGGCUCCUCAAUAUUGCUUGUUCUAGAAACAGCCACAGGUAUUGACACCAUAAACACCGCUCAGUACAUUAGAGAUGGAGAUACCAUAACUUCUGCUGAAGGAACCUAUGUAUUAGGAUUUUUCAGCCCAGGAAAAUCAAGAAACCGAUACUUGGGGAUAUGGUACGGAAAAAUAUCUGUGCAGACAGUAGUUUGGGUUGCCAACACAGAGAUUCCACUCAAUGAUUUAUCAGGAGUUCUACGGCUUACGGACGAAGGAAUUCUUGUCCUUCUCAAUCGGAGCGGGAGUGUAGUCUGGUCUUCCAGUACAUCAACACCUGUCAGGAAUCCUGUUGCACGGCUUUUGGACUCGGGAAACCUUGUUCUCAAAGAGAAAGGCGAUAACAACCUGGAGAACACGUUGUGGCAAAGUUUUCAACAUCCAGGUAAUACACUAUUGCCAGAAAUGAAGCUAGGUCGGAAUAAAGUAACAGGCAUGGACUGGUACCUGACAGCAUGGAAGUCACCUGAUGAUCCUUCUAAAGGUAAUGUUACAUGUAAACUUGUUCCUUAUGGAUACACAGAGAUACUAGUGAUGGAAAAGUCUAAAGUGCUGUACCGGUCUGGGCCGUGGAAUGGUCUGCGGUUCAGUGGCAUGCCUUCUUUAAAACCGAAUCCCAUAUACAAAUUUGAAUUUGUUUCCAAUGAGGAGGAGGUAUAUUAUAGAGAGCAUCUAACUAAUAAUUCAACACAUUGGAGGGUCGUGCAAAGUCAAAAUGGUGAUAUCCACAACUUCAAGUGGAUUGAGAAGAAACAAAGUUGGUUAUUAUACGGGGCACCAAAGACAGAUUAUUGUGAUCGUUAUGCACUGUGUGGUUUAAAUGGUAUCUGUAAUAUUAACAACUCUCCAAUCUGUGAUUGCUUGAAUGGAUUUAUACCUAAUGUUUCAAGAGACUGGAACAUGAUGGAUUGGUCAAAAGGUUGUGUUAGAAAGACACCACUAAAUUCAUAUUCAAAUUUGGACAUCAGGGAUGGAGGAAGUGGGUGCUUGCUUUGGUUCGGUGACCUGAUUGAUAUCAGAAUACUUCAUGAAAACGAUAUAGAUGUUUAUAUACGGAUGGCUGAAUCAGAACUAGGUGCUUUGGAAAGAAGUUCACGUAAGAAGCACAUGAAAGAGGAUCUGGACUUACCGUUGUUUGAUUUGGAUAUAGUGGCUUGUGCAACAAAUAACUUUUCUGCUGACAAUAAACUCGGAGAAGGGGGUUUCGGACCUGUUUACAAGGGAGCAUUGAAAGAUGGGCGAGAAAUAGCUGUGAAGAGACUCUCCAAGAAUUCAAGACAAGGACUUGACGAGUUCAAAAAUGAAGUCAAGCAUAUCGUGAAACUUCAGCAUCGGAAUCUAGUGAAGCUUCUAGGAUGCAGCAUUGAAGAAGAUGAGAUGAUUUUGAUCUACGAGUUUUGUCCUAACAAAAGCUUGGACUUCUUCAUUUUUGAUGAAAAACACAGAUUGCUUCUAGAUUGGCCUAUGCGCUACAACAUUAUCAACGGGAUUGCUCGAGGACUCCUUUAUCUUCACCAAGAUUCAAGACUAAGAGUAAUUCAUAGAGAUCUUAAAGCCGACAAUAUUUUAUUGGAUUAUGAACUGAACCCGAAAAUUUCAGACUUUGGCCUGGCUAGAAGUUUGGGAGGAAAUGAAAUUGAAGCCAAUACAAAUAAAGUGGUCGGAACUUAUGGCUACAUUUCCCCUGAGUAUGCAAAUUUUGGGCUCUACUCACUAAAAUCAGAUGUCUUUGGCUUUGGUGUAUUGAUGCUUGAGAUAGUGAGUGGGAACAGGAACAGAGGAUUCCGUCAUCCAGACCACCACAUGAACCUUCUUGGGCAUGCUUGGAGACUGUUUAUGGAAGGCAGGCCUUUGGAACUGGCAGCAGAAUCUAUAGCUAUAACAUGCUAUUCAUAUGAAGUGCUGCGUUCGAUUCACGUAGCUCUACUUUGCGUGCAAGACAAACCAGAAGAUAGGCCAAACAUGUCAUGUGCAGUUUUGAUGUUAGGUAAUAAUGAUGCACUGCCUCAGCCUAAACAUCCAGGUUUUUUCACGGAACGGGAUCUUUUUGAAGCAAGUUAUUCUUCCAGCAUGAGCAAACCGUCUUCAGCUAACGAAUGUUCAAUUUCAGUCUUAGAGGCAAGAUAGAUUACCCAUUGUGAGGUCCUGACAUGCUGCUGGGUGAUCGUGUUUUAGAAAGCUAUAUAUACUUCUCAGUCCUUUUUAUGUUUGUUAACAAGCAUGUAUGCUCUUUAUUGCCUAGCUAAAAUAGCUAAAAACCAUUUUAACUAGCUAUCUAAAAAAUAUUACCACAUUCAUACUCUCUAAAAU